AUGACUUCGCCAAACCGGCCUUGGCUUAGCCAUGACGAUAGUUACUACCAUUCUUCCUUGCAUACGCGGACAAACACCCUGACAUCACUGAUCCGGACCCGAUCUCAACAAAGCCUAACAAGUCCACGGCCAGCACCUCCGACGCCGCGCCAUCUCGUAGACGAUGAGGAGACAGGGUCCAUGCGCAAUUCCUGGAUGCGCAACGAAGAUGAAGACAUCGAGAGACUCUUGCGGGAUGAGAGUCGAUUGUCACAAAUUCUUCUUGGCCCGCAGGCGCGGAGCUUGAAGCUCAUUGGGAGAAGUAACCCGCGAUAUCGCUGGGAACAGUAUUGGAAGACAAAGGAACAGCUCAAUGACAUGAAGAAGCCUAUCUGUGAAUUUUACCAGAGAACGAAUUCUCUGAUCCAGCAAUACAUGUAUAUUGACUGUCUUCUCGACUCUUCUAUCCCCCACGAGUUGUUGAAUGAGUAUGCCAACGAAUUAGAGGCUUCAGCUUUUAAGCCUGUUGAUAUCCCUGAUACUAUAGCUGAAGAAACCCCCCAAGCCUCAUAUCAAACUCAAUCACACCUGAACCAGAUCGCCGGGUCAUAUGGCUCGAUUAACAACUUUGCCAGCGGACACAAUAGUAGCUCAUCAUCUACACUCAAAACAGCACACGAGGAUGACGAGGAAGCUGGCCCGCAACCAAAUCUUCCGUGGCUGGAAGACGCUGAUCUGGACCAUGACGACCCUAUUGUGGCCUUGGCUAUUUGGAUCAACCUGAUCGCGAACGUUAUUCUCCUGGCAGGUAAAAUUGCCGUCAUCAUCUCAGUCCCAUCCAUGUCCGUUCUCGCGGCUCUAGUUGACGCAGUUCUCGAUUUGCUGAGUACUGCCAUCGUCUGGACUACAACCCGGCUGAUAUCAUCAAGCCAACGGGAUCAGCAUAACUAUCCUGUUGGACGAUCACGACUUGAACCUCUCGGGGUGCUGGUUUUCUCGGUCAUCAUGGUAACCUCUUUCUGCCAAGUCAGCCUGGAAUGUAUCCAGCGACUUGCUGGACCAGACCACCAAGUCCUCCAAUUAGGCCUGCCAGCCAUCAUUAUCAUGAUAACGACUAUUGUAAUCAAGGGUGGCUGUUGGCUGUGGUGCCGCCUCGUCAAAAAUUCAAGUGUCCGAGCCCUAGCUGAUGAUGCAAUUACGGAUGUCAUAUUUAAUAUUGGCUCCAUCUUGUUUCCCCUGGUUGGCUUCUAUGGCCGAAUCUGGUGGCUCGACGCUUCCGGUGGUCUUCUCCUUUCCCUCGUUGUCAUCAUCAUCUGGAGCCGCACCUCGGCUCAACACAUCCGCAACCUAACCGGCUUCUCUGCCCAACCUGAUGAGCGAAACCUGCUUCUCUAUCUCACCAUGCGCUUUGCCACCGCCAUCCGCCAGAUUCAAAACCUGCGCGCGUAUCACGCGGGUGACAAGCUCUUCGUGGAGGUGGAUAUUGUGCUCUCAGCCAACACACCGCUUAAGGAUAGCCAUGACUUGAGUGAGGUGCUGACCUAUUUCCUCGAGUCGGUGCCCAUUGUAGACCGGGCGUUUGUUCACGUAGAUUACUUGAGCUAUAAUGCGCCAACGCACAUGCUCAAACAACCUGCUUCAUGA